GUGGGUAUAUUACGGCACAUGUGUGAGCGCGUCCCCCAAUGCGGAGCGGCUGGCUGCGCUGACGGAGGCGGUGCGCGCGCACGGGUCCACUCUGACUGGUUCAACACCUGGAGUUACCGCGUCGAGACGCACCGUUUUGGGAAAAUAUGAGAAACGCGUGAGUUGCGGCGUUUUGUCCGUGUUACUUCUGACUUUUCAUUUGACGGCUAAUAAGCGAGGAGCAGAUGGAGAACAAGGCCAUGUAUCUGAGCACGUAUGAGGAGCGGGAGAGCGGCUCCAUGAGCGACGACAACAACGGGCACAACUUGUCCAAGCUCAACCUGUGCGACGAAGGUUCUGGGAAGCGCCGCAGGAAGCAGGACCUGUGCUGCGGCCACCUGAACUCCCUCGCAGCCAUCAAGUACUCCAUCGUGUCCCUCUACGUCCUGGUGCUGCUCACCAUCUUCGGCCUCUGCCUGGCAGUUUCCCGAUCCCAGGUGUCUUCAAAGCGAGAGGAGGUGCUGAAAGAGAACGUGACACGAGUGCCACAGGAUUCUCGGGUGCCUAAGCAGAACCUGGAUGAGGUGACCACUCAGGCGGACCUGCUUGAGAACAUCUGGAAACUGGAGAACCUCUUCCAGAACCACAGUGACUGGCUGCAGAAGCUGGAGGUUCUCCUCAAGGGUCUAGAGGUGGAGUUGAGGACAGCUCAGGCUCACUCCCUUCAGUCGGAGGGCUAUCUGGUGCAGCUGGAUGACCGGUUGUCAACUCUAAGCAGCUCCGCCGGCCGGAACCUGACAGGCCUGAGUGUGGAGGUGGCUCGAGCCUCCACCUGGCUCCGGAACCAGGACCUCCUGCUCCGGGAAACAUCUGGACAGGUGAGCGUGCUGAGAGAGAAGCUGGACGAAGUUAAUUGGACGGUGGGAGCUGUCAAUCACACCUUUAGCAAUGAUAUCAGCAUUCACCACUUGAAGAUACAGGACUUGCAGAUCCAGAUCAGCAACAUAACAGAAGACACCAGCAGUUUAUGGGUAACCCACGACCACACAGAGGCCCAGCUAAGGAACGAGAUGGAGAUCCUUAAUACGAUCACAGAGGACCUCCGGCUAAAGGACUGGGAGCACUCCACAGCCCUCAAGAACCUCACCAUAUUAGAAGGCCCACCAGGACCAAAAGGAGAGAAAGGUGACGCUGGUCCCCUGGGGCCCCCUGGAGCUCCUGGGCUAACGGGCUUGAGAGGGUUCAGAGGAGAGAAAGGCAACCUGGGGCUGCAUGGGCUGAAGGGGGCAGUGGGGGUCAACGGCAGCGCCGGAGAAAAGGGGGACCUCGGACCCGUUGGACCCAAAGGUGACAAAGGAGAACGAGGCUUGAAGGGAGAGAAGGGCGAUCGAGGGGACAAAGAAGAGAAAGCAGUGGACGAGGCGCUGGUGCGGCUGGUCAACGGCUCGGGGCCCCACGAGGGCCGCGUGGAGGUGUUCCACGAGCGGCGCUGGGGCACGGUGUGCGACGACGUGUGGGACAAGAAGGACGGGGACGUGGUGUGCAGGAUGCUGGGGUACGAGGGAGCCGCCCAGGUCCACAAGACGGGCCGCUUCGGACAGGGAGCGGGUCUGAUCUGGAUGGACGACGUCGCCUGCUUGGGCACCGAGGACACCAUCCACCAGUGUAAGUUUUCUGGCUGGGGCAAAACCAACUGCGGCCACGUGGAGGACGCGGGCGUGACCUGCAGCGUCUGAGCCCCGGAUACGCGGCAUCAGCACCGCGCCGCCGCCGGGUUUACACCUGAACGUGACUGUUUCAGCCACAAGACUCAAUUAAAGACAUUUUCCAAGUUCUGUUUUUAUCAUUAGCACCGAGGGCUCGCCUGCAGAGACGCUAAAGCGCAGGUCAGAGGCUUCGGUCCCGGUCGAGGCUGAGCCUGCGCAGCUCCACCGCCGUAGUAGAUGGAGCUGAGGACGCGAACAGACCGCGUCCCCGCUCCAGGAUGAUGUCAUAACCAAUGCAGGAUGAUGUCAUAAUUAAUGCAGCGCUGCAGAGGAGCUAGACUUCAACAGACAGCAGCUGUUUACAGCCAGAGCAUCUCUGAAUGUUCCUCUUAAAACAUCUGCAAAAGCGCUUUGUUUUUAUUUUAAGGUUUGUAUGUUUCAUCAGUGAAGGUUUCCAUCCAUAUUCACAUAUUCACAUAAGAGCUGACAACACUAACAAAUCCUAGAAGGGCGGGUAACACCGAGCCUCUGACGUCUGAGCGUCACAUUCUCACUGCUUCAGCGCUAAACACAGGCAAAGCAACAGGACGUGGACAGAGACACUAAGCAGGUUACAGGACAGGCUUCAGAGGCGACAGGAGAAAACCAAUGACCUGGCAACAGGUGAGCGUCAUCAGGAGAGACACAGAAGAGGGAGAGAUAGGCGCCAGUCGGCCGUGGCCCUUCAAAAUAAGAGCGCAGGCCUCUGAGUCUAACAGGUCUUUGUUUAUUCAGAGCGUCGUCUAUGCAGCCGAUCAUCAGCUGAUCUGUUCUUGUUUCAAGCUCAAUUCCAGCAGCAUCAGUCUUGUUUCAGCAACUUGGACUAAAGGAACAUUGCUUUGACAGCUGGAUGAGCAACUGGCCAAUAAAUAAUAAGUGGGCAGGAGAAAGGCAGUUACUGCUGCAUUUGACCACAUGUCACCAACUCAGCGAUGAUUCUGGGCUUCACAGUCGUAAAAAAACAUCAACAGCAACUAAGAGGAUUUGGAACGAGGUUAGGAGUCAUUUACAGCUGAGCGAUGAUGAUGGAGAGAGAACACUGAUGUGUGAUUUACAACACGCUGAGGGCGAGAGGUGGGCUUGUGUCAGCAUUAAAGCACACGCUCACACACACACACACACACACACACACACACACACACACACACACACACACACACACACACACACACACACGCUCACACACACAUGCUCACGCACACACACACACGCACACACACACACGCACACACUCGCUCACUCACACACACACACACACACACACACACUCCCGUUUCAAGGGUCGCUGCUCUCUCUCCUCGCUCGCUCGUCUUCUGGAGCCAUGAGAAGUCGCUGAGCCGCAGGUCAGAAUUAAACAUGUGCCGUCUUUUUGCUCAGUCGUGGUUUGAAUUUGAAGAGGGAACAUGUUCCAGUGCACCUUGAAAUCGGGGAAAAGUCUCAAGCCAUCGUUUCCCCCGUGGCGCUGGGUGAACCCCCCCCCCCACACACACACACACACACACACACACACUCCUCUAAACUGUGGUGGAGUCAGGAAUCAUCCACACACACAAUGUUCAUUUACGAGUUUGUGUCCAAACAAAAGGAGACAAAGCUGUUUUACUGCCACCGCAGCCAGAAAUGACUGGCGCAUGAUGUCAAGGGACUCAGUGUUUGCUGAGGUUUCUGCUUCAAACCACGACUGCGUCACAGAAGACGAGCGAGCGAGCGAGCGGAGAACAGGGGUGAACAGAUGAACAGGGGAGUUUGGAAAUGGGAAAAUGAGGUGAGAAACCAUCCAGAUGUGUCCCUGUAGCAUUGAAGCUAAUUCUAUUAUUCCAGACGUUAGAGGAGAAGAUGAUCGGUGUCAGGCCUUAAACACACGCGUUCGUGCCUGAUAUUAUAAUACGUAACAGACGAGGAAGAACCAUGUGUAUGAAUAUCAAAGGCGCGUUCUAAAGAUAAAGAAUAUCUGUGUCUGAGCUGCAGAUUUUUUUGUUUGUUCACAUUGUUCAGCUUUUCAACUUUCACGCAGGAGGAUUUGAGUAGUAAAUUGAAAUAUGAUGUGUGAAGAAGCGUCUGAGAAGCUACAGACACUUCAUCACCUCCGUCUCCAGUCACCAGCGUCUCACGGCCUCGUGAUGCUGCCAAAGGUCACAGUUGCCUGAAAUCGUAUGACUAUGCAACACAAACGUGCCUAAAGGAGCAGGUUCAGUUCACGGGAGCGAACGUGGUGUUUGUUUAGAAAAGAGCGUGCGUGCGUGCGUGCGUGCGUGUGUGUGUGCGUGCGUGCGUGGGUGUGUGUAUGUAAGCUUGUGUGUGCGUGUGCGUGUAUGUGUGUGUGUGUGUGUGUGUGUGCGUGUGCGUGUAUGUGUGUGUGUGUCUGUGUGUAUGUGUGUGUGUAUGUGUGUGUGUGCGUGUGCGUGUAUGUGUGUGUAAGUGUGUGUGUGUGUGUGUGUGCGUGUGCGUGUGCGUGUAUGUGUGUGUAAGUGUGUGUGUGUGUGUGUGCGUGUGUGUGUGUGUGUGACAGUUGGACUGAAUGGCAGCCAGGCCGCUGUGUUUACUCCUGCUGUCUGUUGUUCAUCUGAAGACAUAACAUUCAUCCCUCCGGUCACAGACUUUUGCCCCGAGGCCAAAGACAACACCUCGGGCUCCUUCAGUGUGUUUUUACUUUGCUUAUUUGUCAUCUCCUAUUUAAACAUGGGGUAAUCCAUUGAAACCAGAGAAAAGAAAAUAUUAUUGAUUGGAAUUCCUCUGAAGCCUUUUCUUAGAAACGAGCUUUGUGUUUACACGUGUUCUGAGGAAAUGUGUGAUCUGAGAUAAAUCUGAGAUGAAUUAUUCAGCGUUCGGCUGCAGUGGUUCAAACUAAGCAGUGUCUGAUAGAAGCAGAACUGACCUUUGAUAUUCUCCUUUUUAUCUUCACCAGAAAGAGUUACACCAUGUUAUAAUGAAUGUAUAUUAUAUAUACACACUGAUGCAACAGUUACCUGGUUUCACUUGGUCGUAUAAUAUGAAUAUAAGAUUUUUUAACAUCACUCCUGAAUGUGUCUGAAAGGAUGAUUUACACGUUUAUUUGAUGUUCUAUAUCUACCGUCUUCUGUGGUGAAGGUCUUAAUAAUCACAACCUCUAGAUGGGAAGAUAAGAGACUUUGGCCUGAGCCACUGGUGUGAAGAAGUACUAUAACAAAAGUACCAUCAUCACUUAGAGGUACUUGGUCCGACUUUGGCUGCAGAGCAUCUACAAAAGCCUUUUGCUGCUAGAAAUAGACAGAAUCAGGUGAAAGGAGUUCAGACAAUCACCUGAAUCCCGCCGGCGUCGCCUCCAGUCGACCCUCUGCUCGUCCAACGCGUCCUGACCCGUGUUUGGUUCCAGAUCACGUCUCUGCAGAGGGGAUGCGGAGAUGUGAUUUCCUGAUUAGUCACCUCAGGUCAAAGCUUUGGUUUCGCGGGGUCAACCAACCUAAACACUCUAAAAAUCUGCAGCAUGUCAGUACCUUAGCUUUGAAAGUCGGAGCACAGCUGCAGCCGACUGCUUCCAUGUGCAGGAUUUCAAGUUCACUUUUAACAUGUUUGGUUUCGAAAUGUGCACUUGGCAUCAAGCAGACGUUUCUUUAUGCAACUUUAGGAAAAUGUCUGUAAUGCGUCUGUUUUUAUUACAUUUUGCUGGUCAUAACUCAUAUAUAACCCAGAAAUACACACCUGUACCACUAACAUGUUGUAUAUGCACUGCUGAAAAAAUAAAAUGUAGAUUUGUUUAAACA